UUAAAGCUCUGAAACUAAUUUUCAAAAAGCAGGAUAGUACACAAAAGUGGCUAGACUUUUACGAAUCGCUCAAUUCCAACAUGGACAGUUUAGAUUCUGGAGUAUUUCCUUUAACACUGCUACCGAGACAACCUAUAAGGCAUGCCUUUCCACCAGGACAAGGAAUGGUUCCUGAAGUUCGUGAACUGAUUGAAAAGGAAAACAGACAGCCAUUGGUACAGAUAAAAAAGCGGAAAACUGGAGACGAAGCUUCUGACCUCAGGGUUGCCAAAAAGAAGAAUGAUAACACUUCUGGUGGGAAAGGGUUUGGCAAAAGGAAGAGAAGAUUUUUAUAUGACACAACACUGUGCAGAUCACGACUGGUCAUGAUUUCAGAUGAAGAAAGGAAGAAACAUCUGUGGAUAAAAAUCUUGAUGGACCUGUAUACUUCAUUUAUGUAG